GGAGUACUCUUCUUCUCUCUGGCCUCACUUACACACAUCAAUAUGGCUUCUCUUCUUCAACCUCAUCGUCGUCUUCUUCCUCUACGACCAUUAUGUGUCAUCUUCUUCCUCAUUUUUCUUCUCUCCAUUGUCAAACCUUCUCACCAACAAUCCCCUAAUAAUGUCACCUACGCAAUAAAUCCUAGACUCAUCAAAGCUUACUAUGCUCUUCAAGCAUUGAAGCAUUCUAUCACUUCUGAUCCCAGGAACUUCACCGCCAACUGGUACGGCUACCAUGUCUGCAACUACACCGGCGUUUACUGUGCUCCGGCACCCGACGAUCCCCAUGUUUACACCGUCGCCGGCAUCGACCUCAACCACGGUAAUAUCUCCGGUUCCUUGCCGGAAGACUUAGGUCUCCUCACCGACCUCGCUCUCUUCCACCUCAACUCUAACCGGUUCUGUGGGACCCUCCCUCAGAGCUUCCGUAAUCUUCAUCUUCUUCAUGAGCUUGACGUCAGUAACAACCAGUUGUCCGGACCGUUCCCGGAAGUCCUUUUGUGCCUCCGUUCGUUGAAGUUCUUGGACAUCAGGUUUAAUUCGUUCGAAGGUAAGGUUCCUUCUCGCCUCUUUGAUCUCAAGCUCGACGCUGUUUUCAUAAACGACAACAAAUUCCAGUUCUCGUUGCCGGAGAAUCUCGGGAAUUCUCCGGUGUCAGUGGUGGUUUUUGCGAACAAUAAUCUGAAGGGAUGUCUUCCGUCGAGUUUGGGGAAGAUGAAGGACACGCUUAACGAGAUUAUAAUUUCGAACAGUGGGUUGAAAGGUUGUUUGCCGCAGGAGAUUGGGAAAUUGGAUAAGGUUACGGUGUUUGAUGUGAGUGGUAAUAAGUUGGUCGGGACGUUGCCGGAAUCUAUUGAGGGAAUGAAGAGGUUGGAGCAGUUGAAUGUGGCUCAUAAUGAGCUCUCCGGCGAGAUUCCGGCCAGUGUGUGCUCGUUGCCGAGGUUGCAGAACUUCACGUACUCCUUUAAUUACUUCUGCAGCGAACCGCCUACCUGCCUGAAGUUGCCGGCGAAAGAUGAUCGGAAAAAUUGCAUUCCGUACCGGCCGAUGCAGAGGUCGGAAAAGGAAUGCGAAGCCUUUUAUGCUCACCCAGUUGAUUGUGGUGCCUAUGGGUGCUCAAGGUCGCCGCCGCCGCCGCCGCCUCCAUCUCCUCCUCCUCCAUCACCCCCUCCGCCACCACCUCCUCCUCCUCCUCCUCCGGCGGUUCACCACUACUAUCCGUGAUGGCAGCAAAAUAAGUAAAUAUAAUUUCUUUUUCUUUACCGUAUAGAAUUACGAAAGUAUAAUAUUACUACUUUACUUGAAGGAGUUAGCUACUUAGUCAGCGUUUGAACCCAAAAAAAAAAAAAACAAGUUCUAGCAUUUUGGACAUUAAUAGUGAUAAUUUAUGGAAUUUAAUUGUAUUACUACGUUGUGCUCAUACUUGAAAUUAAUAGUGUUUGUUUCUUUUCA